GCCUAGCCCGAGAAUUGAAUAUUGAUGUCGGGCCAGAGAUCGCUGAAAUGAGCAUGGGCUCUCAGCUCUCUUGGUAACUGAAGAAACAAAAAAAAAGAAAAAGAAAAAAAGAAAAGAAAAGAUAGUGAUAGUUGGUUACUCUACCAAAACAGCCUAACCACUUAAGUCUAAAUUAAGCAGAACUUAAGCGAGUGGAUUGGCUCUGGUAACCAAACUGUUAUAUUGUCUCCCGACAAAACCUCAAAAGACAUGUUCCUUUUCCCCCAUUAAUGUCUUCGGUUUCUCCAAAUGCCAUAACAGCAAGUAUAAUAUCCGGAGUCAUGUUGUCUCUUUUAGUUGUGUACGUGCAUGUAUCAGUUGGGGUUUGAAAACGAAGUCAGUUCCUGAGGAGUUAUGAAGGAGUUUGCAGAUCAAAAGGGUUUGCAGGAGAUGAACUGCGUGUCGUGCUGCAGAUCGCAUCGACCCGAAGUUUCUUGGAAAAAGAGAAACAAUCGAUAUGAUGCUAACGGCCGGCACACAUUUGCCUCCGUUGUUGCCAACUUCUCUAUGAAAUCAGGAAGCAGCAAGUAUAGGAGUCUGGCUGAAGAGAUACUAAACGUCGGACAUGCAAAGAUUUCUGCACGGAUUUUCACGUUUUAUGAAUUGGCUGCUUCAACUGACAACUUCAAUCCCGGUAGUCUUUUGGGCGAAGGUGGAUUUGGGAGGGUGUACAAAGGAUACAUAGAGAGCAUUGAUAAGGUUGUGGCUGUCAAGCAACUUGACAGGAAAGGAUUGCAAGGAACUAGAGAAUUCUUUGCGGAGGUUCUUAUGUUAAGUCUGGCUCGUCACCCAAAUCUUGUUAACUUGGUUGGCUAUUGUGCAGAUGGCGAUCAAAGAAUGUUGGUUUAUGAAUUCAUGGCCAAUGGGUCUUUGGAUAAUCACCUUCUAGAUUUAUCUCCAGAUGAAGAGCCUUUAGAUUGGUACACCAGGAUGAGAAUCGCUGAAGGAGCAGCUAAAGGACUAGAAUACUUGCAUGACUUUGCCAAACCACCGGUGAUUUAUCGCGACUUUAAAGCAUCUAACAUACUAUUAGAUGAGGAAUUCAAGCCAAAGCUCUCUGAUUUCGGACUUGCUAAGAUAGGUCCAACAGGAGGCAAGGACCAUGUAUCUACAAGGGUGAUGGGGACAUAUGGUUACUGCGCACCUGAGUAUGCUUCAACAGGUCAACUGACUACAAAGUCUGAUGUUUAUAGUUUUGGAGUUGUGUUUCUGGAAUUAAUCACAGGUAGAAGAUCUAUUGAUACUGCAAGACACACUGAGGAGCAGAACCUUGUGACUUGGGCACAGCCACUUUUUAGUGACAGAAAAAAGUAUAUAUUAAUGGCCGACCCACUGCUAAGAGGAAGGUACCCGGUAAAGGGCCUCUAUCAAGCUCUAGCAGUUGCUGCAAUGUGUCUACAAAAGGAAGCUGACACCCGACCUUUGAUUGGUGAUGUUGUAACCGCUCUUGAGUAUCUAUCCAAGCCGAGGAAUGAUGAGAAAUGUGCUAGGGAUUCAUUAAAACAAAACAGAACUAAAAUAAGCCUCUACUAGGAUGCGGACACCUGACCUUUGAUGGGUGAUAUUGUAACCGCUCUUGAGAAUCUAACAAAGCCUAUAAAUGAUGGGAGAAGUUGCUACGAAUUCAGCAAAAUAAAAUGGAACUGCAAUAGACCUCUACUUCUGUUUGUCUUUUCUUUUUUUCUUUUCUGGUACAUGAAAACAUUGUACGAAUCAAAUAAGUUAUAAUAGUUUCAGUCCUAGUACAGAUCAAGUGAAAAUUCAUUCCUGCAUGGGAUGAGAGGUUCACAGA